AUGGCGUCCCAUUUCCUGCGCCCAUUGGCUUCUGAGCUCUCCUCGUCCUCUUCUGUCACGCCUGCUCGACUUGCUCGCAUUAGCCUUCAAGAUGGUAGACUUCUGGUGAGCAGCAGCAGCAGCCGCUGCCGCCGGUGGCUCACCACCAUCAAGGCCUCCUCGGUGCCCGCCGCUGCAAAGUCGCUCGCCCUGGUCCGCCAUGCCUCGGCCGUCUCGCCCAUUCCGCCGCCGCCCAAGACAUACUCGACGGUCGUGCUACCCCAGACCACGCCCUACGCCCAGCUCAAUGUCGGCGUCCCCAAGGAGACCUUUCCCGACGAGCGUCGCGUCGCCGUCACCCCCGCCAACGUCGCCGUCCUGCUCAAAAAGGGCUACUCCAAGGUCCUCGUCCAGCGCGGCGCCGGCGCGGCCGCCGACUUUCUCGACUCGGCCUACGAAAAGGCCGGCGCGACGCUUGUCGACGACGCCGCCGCCGUCUGGUCCCGCGCCAACAUUGUCCUCAAGGUCCGCGGCCCGUCGCUCGACGAGGUCGACGCCAUCCAGGAAAACCAGACCAUCAUCUCCCUGCUGCAGCCCGCCCAGAACAAGGAUCUCGUCGAGAGGAUCGCCGCUCGCCACGCCACCUGCUUCGCCAUGGACAUGAUCCCGCGCAUCUCGCGCGCCCAGGUUUUUGACGCCCUCAGCAGCAUGGCCAACAUUGCCGGCUACAAGGCCGUCCUGGAAGCCUCCAACGUUUUUGGCCGCUUCCUCACAGGCCAGGUCACCGCCGCCGGCAAGAUCCCGCCCUGCAAGGUGCUCGUCAUCGGCGCCGGCGUCGCCGGGCUCAGUGCCAUUGCCACGGCCCGCCGCAUGGGCGCCAUUGUCCGCGGCUUCGACACCCGCCCCGCUGCGCGCGAGCAGGUGCAGUCGCUCGGCGCCGAGUUCAUCGAGGUCGAAAUCGAGGAGGACGGAUCUGGCGCUGGCGGCUACGCCAAGGAGAUGAGUAAGGAGUUUAUCGAGGCCGAGAUGAAGCUAUUCAAAGACCAGGCCAAGGAGGUCGACAUAAUCAUCACCACCGCGCUCAUCCCCGGAAAGCCUGCGCCAAAGCUGAUCAAGAUGGACAUGCUAGACGUCAUGAAGCCUGGCAGUGUCAUUGUUGACCUGGCAGCCGAAGCUGGUGGCAACUGCGAAGCCACUAAGAAGGGCGAGCUUGCGGUCUACAACGACGUCAAGGUCAUCGGCUACACGGAUCUUCCCUCGCGUUUACCUACCCAGUCCUCGACUCUGUACUCCAACAACAUCACCAAGUUUCUGCUCUCCAUGACCCCGCAAGAGAAGGAAUUCGGCAUUGACCUCUCCGACGAAGUCGUUCGCGGCGCCAUUGUCACCCAAAAGGGCGACAUCCUGCCUCCCGCGCCGCGACCUGCGCCCCCUCCCACCCCCUCUAAGCCUGCUGCCGCCGAGGUGACGCCCGAGCCCGUUGCGCUCACGCCGUGGCAGGUCAAGUCACGCGAGGUCGGCUUCGUCACCGGUGGCAUGGCCUCUGUGCUCGCCAUUGGAAAGUUUACCGGCCCCAUCUUCAUGUCCAACGCUUUCACCUUUGCUCUGGCCAGUCUCAUCGGUUACCGUGUCAUCUGGGGCGUGGCCCCUGCUCUGCACUCACCUCUGAUGAGUGUCACAAAUGCGAUUUCCGGCAUGGUUGGUGUCGGUGGUCUGUUUAUCCUCGGCGGAGGCUAUCUGCCCGGCACCAUUCCCCAGACUCUUGGCGCUCUGAGUGUCUUGCUCGCCUUUGUCAAUGUUGGUGGUGGUUUUGUCAUUACGAAGCGCAUGCUCGACAUGUUCAAGCGUCCUACCGAUCCUCCCGAGUACCCAUGGCUGUACGCCAUCCCCGCUGCCGUGUUUGGCGGCGGCUUCCUCGCAGCCGCAUCUACUGGAGCUGGCGGUCUCGUCCAAGCCGGCUACCUUGCUUCCUCUGUUCUCUGCAUCGGCUCCCUUUCCGGCCUGGCGUCGCAAGCCACGGCCCGCAUGGGCAACAUGCUUGGCAUGCUCGGUGUUUCCUCUGGUGUUCUUGCCAGCUUGCUCGCCGCUGGCUUCUCCCCUGAGGUUUUGACCCAGUUUGGUGCUCUUGCAUCCAUUGGUAUUCUUGCUGGUGCUUUGAUUGGCAAGCGCAUCACGCCCACUGACCUUCCUCAGACCGUUGCUGCUCUGCACUCCGUUGUCGGUCUAGCUGCUGUCCUGACUAGUAUCGGUAGUGUCAUGGCUGGCAUUUCAGACAUUUCUACUUUGCACAUGGUAACUGGUUACCUCGGCGUUUUGAUCGGUGGCAUCACAUUUACUGGCUCCAUUGUCGCAUUUAUGAAACUUGCUGGCAAGAUGUCUUCAAAGCCCAAGAUGCUGCCCGGACGGCACAUUAUUAACGGCGGCCUCUUGGCAGCCAAUGCCGCUACAAUGGGCGCCUUUGUAACCAUGGCGCCCGGCGCGCCGCUCAUUGCCGCCGGUGCCCUGACGGCGAAUGCCGUCAUGAGCUUCAUAAAGGGCUACACCACCACGUCCGCGAUUGGCGGCGCCGACAUGCCCGUCGUCAUCACCGUGCUCAACGCCUACUCGGGCUUUGCGCUCGUGGCGGAAGGUUUCAUGCUGGACAACUCGCUGCUGACGACGGUGGGGGCGCUGAUAGGCGUGUCCGGCUCCAUCCUGUCGUACGUCAUGUGCGUGGCCAUGAACCGGUCGCUCACCAAUGUCUUGUUUGGCGGGCUGUCGACGCCCACCGAGGCGCAAGAGUACAAACCACAGGGUGAGGUGACCAAGACGUCGAGCGACGAGCUGGCCGACGCCAUGCUCAACUCGGAGUCGGUCAUCCUGAUUGUCGGCUACGGCAUGGCCGUGGCCAAGGCGCAGUACGCCAUCUCCGAGAUUGUCUCGAUGCUGCGCGCCAAGGGCAUCACCGUGCGCUUCGCCAUUCACCCCGUCGCCGGCCGCAUGCCGGGCCAGUGCAACGUGCUGCUGGCCGAGGCGAGCGUUCCCUACGAUAUUGUCCUUGAGAUGGACGAGAUUAACGACGACUUUUCCGACACGGAUCUGGCGGUCGUCAUUGGUGCCAAUGACACGGUCAACCCCAUUGCCAUGGAGAAGGGCAGUGCCAUUGAGGGCAUGCCUGUGCUGCACGCGUGGAAGAGCAAGCAGGUUGUAGUGAUGAAACGUGGCAUGGCCAGUGGCUAUGCUGAUGUGCCAAACCCCAUGUUCUACAUGCCCAAUACCAAGAUGCUGUUUGGCGAUGCCAAGGAUUCUUGCGAAGCUAUCAAGGCAGCCAUCCAGUCCAAGCUGUAG